UGAGAGAAAACGGAAGAAAAAGAAGGAAAGAGAAAGAUUCGAUUUUUCCGGCAUUUUCUCGUUGCUUUUCUCAGAAAAAAGUGAAACAGGGAAAAUUUCUAGAAUACCAAUAAGAAAAAUAGCUAUUUGCAUCGAGUUGUUUAGGAUGGACCAACAAAAUCAAGGGACAAAUUCUUCUUCUCCAGUAGACCUCCCCAUGAAGCGCAAACGGGGUCGUCCACGCAAGGAUGAAAGCCAGGUUAAAAGGGAGAGGACACCUAAAUCUAACAGUGUGAGUGAAACCCAUCGUCAUGGAGCAAAUCCAAGUAAUGAAGAUGAUGAUCAUGAUGAAAUGGUGGGCCAAGUCGUUUCUGGUGUUUGCGAGGGUUCAUUUGAUGCUGGAUAUUUUGUCACUGUAAAGGUUGGCAACACUGACACUCUUUUGAGGGGUGCUGUAUUUGUACCAGGUCUUUUUACUCCUAUCUCUGCAGCAAAUGAUGUUGCUCCAUAUGCCAAAAUGUACAAGAGGAAAGAAAUUCCUAUCCCAGUUCUCAACCCUCAAUCUCAGGGCUCCAGUUCUGCUCCACGAUUGAGAAGGAAAAAUAAGCAACCUGUCCAUCCUGAAAACACGGCAGUGACGGCACCAAUGGCUGUGGACCAAGCUCCACCCUCUGAUGUUCAGUGUGGCACCCCAUCCUCAAUAAAGACAAAUUCUGCUUCCACCAAAGUACCUCUGACUUACAAUGUGCCAAAGAACGACAAAGUCAUUUCCUCAGUAGAAGUCCAGCUUGUAAAACAGAAACCUAUGGCUCCAGAAAAAAUUUCCCAUGAGCUUCAGUCAUGCAACCUGUUUGCGCCUCAGGACCAACCUGCUUCUGAUAAGGUACCUCUGACUGAUAACUUGCCAAAAAUUGAAACAGUUCUUUCCUCUGGAGGAAGAGUCCAGGGCCAAAUCUCCACACCUGUUGUUCCACAGAAAGUGUUGACCAAUCAGCAAGAGACUGGCACCUUAUUUGCACUCAAAGACCAAUGCCCAUCUGUUAUCGAGCCAAAGAAUGAUGCAGGUAUUUCCUUGGGAGAAAAAGUCCAGCUUGAAAACCAGAUGCCUGUAGUUCCGGUCCAAGUUUUAACCUCCCAGCAUCAUAUCGGUGCCUUGUUUGCACUUGAAAAUUCCUCUAUUACAGCACCUCUGACUGAUUACUUGCCGAAGAAUGAUACAAAUCUUCCAUUGGAAGGAGAAGUUCCAAUAGAAAACCGAGUGCCGAUAUCUGCAGACCAAGUUUUACCCAUUCUUCAGUUUGGUGCUCCAUUGACACUCAAGGAUCAACUUUCCUCUGUUACAGUGCAUCCAACUCAUGACUUGCUAAAAGAUGUCAGAGUUCUUCCCCAGGGAGAAAAAGUCCAGCUUGAAAAAGAGCUGCCUACAGCUGAAGGCCAAGUUUUUCUCUCUGAUCUUCAGCAUGGUGCUGCAUUUGCAGUUGAGAACCAAUCUACCUCUCCUGUAAUUCUUUCAGCUGAUAAAUUGCCAAGGAAAGAUGAUGGUUUUACCUUGGAAGGAAAAGACAUGCCCCGGGAAACAUUAGAGCUUGGAAUUGGGGAUCGGCCUGUCUCCCUAACAGAGGUGAAAAAUUUUCAUAAAAUUAUCAAACAAGAUGAAAUGUUUCAAGAAAUGGAAGCUUCAACUCUGGCCAAAGGACCUGAGGCUGAUGUAGAGGCAACUAAAGAAUUGAAAUUAGAUGCAGAAUCCACACCAUAUGUUGAUGUUUUUCCAGGCAAUGAAACUGUCAUCCAGGUGACACAAGUUCAACAAGCUGUGAAUCCUGCUGAUGCACUGAAGAGCCAAAAUCUUGAACUCCACCCAGCUCCUGUUGUUGCUGAACCUGAAUAUAUGCCUUUCCAACUGAUCGGUAAACCUGUUGAUGUUCUGAUGGAAAAGCAGGCUUCACCAAAGAAUGAGUUUCCCCAAUAUGUGCAGUCAGAGUUCACCGUCAAGGAUCUUUUGAGCGGCAAUGCGGCUUUCCAGUCAAACAGAAGUCCCUUCAGUGAUGUCGUGAACGUUACAGGUGAAGGCUCACUAUCUUCUCCAAAAACCAGUCAACAACCUAUGAUGAACUUUCUGGUAGAUGCAGAUCAAGUUAAGCUGAAGCUUGCAGCUGAAGGGUCUGAACCCCCAAGCAUGUUUGAAUCCCAUAUAUCUCAUCCUGUUGAUCCUGCCAAAGACCUGGAUUCUGGUUUCAAGGAUGCCUCUAUACCCUCAAAAUUUGAGAUCAAUCCAGUAGCGGCAACAAGCAAUACCAUUGCCUCUGAGGAUGUUUCUCAAAUGGAAGAUGAUGCACAUAGAGCUGAGGCUUGAGGGGUAAACAGGUAUUGAUAUGUAUCUAUCACUGCCUACAUAGUUAAACUGAGUACUGGCAUACAAAAGAAGGGGGAGGAAGGUUGAUGAGUACUGGCUAAGAGUCUAAGACUACAUAUAUAUAAAUUUAGUAUUUAUUUCUGUUGACAGCUUAGAAUGGUUUUGUAAUAUGGACCUUGCACUCUGUUUUUCAAAAGCAUUUUCCAUGUUUUCUAGUA